AAAACAAAUUGAAAAUUCAGUCAAAUAAUAAAUAUGGCGGGUCGUAGUGCAUAUGAUAUUUCUCCGCUGCAAAGAGAAAUAUUAGAACACCGACAUGCAAGACGAACCGUCCUUCGUCAAAAAUAUUUAGAACAAACUAUGAAUCCUUAUCGUCAUGCCUUGGGAACUGGUGGACAUGUCGAAGAUGAGGCCGUUAAUCGUUUUGUAGCAGCAAGAGCUACGUACACGCAUUUCUGGAAACCUAAAUGGAACAAUUUUGGAUUCUUUAUGGGAAGUUACAUUUUACCAGUGAUGUUUUUAUAUUAUGUAAUCAAAAAAGAUCGGGACGAACGGGAACAUGAAAUAAGAACUGGUCAAGUAGCUUACGCUGCUCGAAGAAACAAAAUAAUAUAAAGUUAUUAAUACAGCUAAAUUAAAAAAUUCAUAAAUAAAACAUAGUGAGUUAAUAUUAUUGUAACCUAAAUAAUAAAAUUUAUAGGAUUAA